AUGAUGCGCUCAUGCCUGAAGUUCCCUGUGCUUUCUGUUAAUCUGAACAAGAACCAAAAUGUGAAAGAGAGUUUAAGGGCGUUUGAGCAAAGACACCACUUCCCCCUCACGCCCACGCCGGAGGAUCGUGGCCACCCGCCCUUGGUGCUGGCCAAGUGGGCGCCCGUCGGCUCUGGCCUCGUCAUGGUCAACGAGCGCUACGACAUCAUGUACAAGCGCACGGCCACGUCCAACGAUGUGCACAGGAUCACGGACUCUGGGCGCCCGGGCAUCGUGUACAACGGCAUUCCCGAUUGGGUCUAUGAAGAGGAGAUCCUGGGGUCGAACAGCGCUGUGUGGUUCUCUCCCGACGGCCGCAUGCUUGCCUACGCCUCCAUCAACGAUACGCUGGUCGACAUGGUGCCCAUCCCGCAGUACGGCCCCGAGCUGCAGUACUCGCCAGUGCACUGGCUCAGAUAUCCCAAGCCCGGCCAGGAGAACCCACGAGUGACCUUGUGGGUCGUUGACCUGAGCGACCUAAGGUCAAUCAGGCCGCGUGACCUGAAGCCCCCGAACGUGGUCAAAGACCAGUUAGUGCUCUCCGCAGUGUGGGACCAUUACUUCACGGCGGUCACGUGGGUCGACUCCGGCACCGUGAGCGUCGUGUGGAUGAACCGGGCGCAGAACACCUCCGUCAUCACCAUCUGCGCGCAGCCGCUCUACUUCUGCGAGGCGACCCACACGGAGCACUCGAGACACGGCUGGGUGGAGCUCUACGACGCUCCCGUGUUCUCCGAAGACGGCCAGAGUUUCUUGGUGCGACUCCCGGUGCGUGACGGGGACGAGGGCGAGUUCAAGCACGUCUGUCUGUAUAGCGUGCGCAUGCGUCGGGUUAUUCCUAUGACGCAUGGCCCGUUCGAAGUCACGGAGAUACUUGGGUGGGACCAGAAUUAUAAUUAUAUCUACUACAUGGCAACGAUGGAGGAUAAACCGGGCGAGCGUCACCUGUACCGUGUUUCCGACGUCAACUCCCCCCUCCUGCGCAUCCCCGAGUGCUUGUCGUGCUUGGAGGGCGACAACACCACCGACACGUGCUUGUACAACAGGGCGCACCUCUCCCCGGACUUUGCCUUCUUCGUGCUGGAGUGCCUCGGGCCUGACGUUCCCAGGACCUACCUCUUUUCCACCUGGAGCGGGCAGGAGAACGAGAAUAGUAAGAAAGGCGAGCGAAGGUCAGCUCAGGUGGUGACCCAGGGAGCGACGGUAAGGUCAGAGCCAAAGUUCGAGAUGAUCUACACCCUGGACGACUACAACGAACUCCGAGACCACGUGGAGGAGAUGGCCAUGCCCCAAGUACAGACUUUCCGCGUCGAGUUGGAGGGCGACAACGCGUACACUUACCACGUGCAGCUGUUCCUCCCCCCUGGGCUGAGGGAGGACGAGAUCACCACUUACCCGAUGGUUGUGCACGCGUACGCUGCCCCGGGCACUCAGGCCGUGACCUCUAAGAUGGUGAUUUCCUGGGGCACUUACCUGGCCUCCAAGAAGGACAUUAUCUACGCCAUGAUCGACGGCCGCGGCUCGGGCUUCCAGGGCGACAAGAUAAAGCAUGAGGUGUACCGCGCCCUUGGAGGCAAGGAGGUGGAUGACCAGCUGGCGGUGGCGCGCUACCUGCGGGACAACCUGCACUUCGUCGACGCCCGCAGGAUCGCCAUCUGGGGCUGGAGCUACGGCGGCUACGUGACCACGAUGGCGCUCGCCCGCGACGCCGACGAAGUGUUCACCUGCGGCGUCGCCGUCGCACCCGUCUCGCGCUGGGAGCAUUACGACUCGGUGUACACAGAGCGGUACAUGGGAUCGCCGCACGUGUACCCUGGCAGCAACUACAAGGGUUACGAGGCCGCGGACGCCACCAAGAUGGCCGGGAACCUCAAGGACAAGAUGUUCCUCCUCAUACACGGGACGGCUGAUGACAACGUGCACUACCACCACUCCAUGAUGUUGGCAAAGUCCCUGGUGGACGAAGGAGUCCUCUUCCAACAGAUGACGUACGCCGACGAGAACCACGGCCUCGCAGGAGUCAAGGAACACCUGUACAAGACGAUGAACAAAUUCCUCGCCGACUGCUACAGGCCGACGAUCAAGGAGCUCUACGUCCACAUUAAGAAAAAGAAAGACCUUGAGGAAAUCGGAUAUUUGUAAGGAUCGACGGAGUAAGGAAGAGAUUGGUGGAUGUAUUUCCGAAAGAGAAGAUAAUGGCGCGUUUGUGUGGAUUCGGUUAAAAGGAAAACGAAAGUAGAAUAGUAAAAGCGUAAAGCGGUCCAUGUUGGGAAACAACAUUGGUUCACAAACACGAACUUUCACGCUGAAUUGAGUAUGAAGGAACAAAAAAAAAAACUAUAUAAGUAGAGACAUGAUGAAAAAGACAUGCGAAGAAUAAGAUAGACAAUAGUCCAUGUUUCUGAACAAAAAAAUGUUCUCGCACAGUUUUGUCUUCGCUCUCUUUCGGAAAAUAAUGACUGACUUAAGAAAAAAAAAAUGAGGUCUGAUGAAGUCGUGUUUUGCCGAAUGUUCGUUACCAGUGGAUCAGAAUGGUCAAGGAGACAAAUAAA